AUGGGCCACAGCAGAACAAUCGCUAUCGUCAUAGCAUAUUUCACAUUCGCAAUCACGGCAAAAGGUGGCGAUCUUUCCCACGCGCAGUUUAUUUGGGACUUUUUCAAGGCCAGCUUCGAUGAACGGCACAAUCUAGUCACGGCUCCCUUUGCGGUCCGAAUGGGUAUGACACUGAUGACGGGUGCCGUCAACGAUCGAUACACUCAACGUCAGUUGCGGAACAAACUCCAUCUGCAGGAUAGUGUGGCAAAAACGUCGGAAUCGUACCGUCGCCAGUUGGCCGCAUUGUCCCGAACCGGAGACAUUCGUAUCGGCACAAAGGUGAUUGCCUUCGGUACGGAUGAUUUUAACUCGGCCUUCCUUGCGGGAUCACGCUAUUUCAACGCUUCAAUUGAGAAACACACACGUUUAAAUGUAGCGCAUGUGAACAGUGUUGCCAACGGGUGGGCCAAACUGGUUACCUCCGGUAUGGUUCAGAACGUUUUGAAGUCGAAGGAUUUGGAAUCAAACACACGCCUACUGCUGUUGAAUGCAAUCGCUUUCCGAGGACAGUGGAAGCAUCCUUUCGACGUUGAUAAAACUAAAGAGGAAAUAUUUCACACUGGCGAUGAAGCCAUUCGCUACCAUACGGAGAUGAUGAAUCUCCCGGCAACUGUUCUCCAGACCGGUGUGUACGAACCGCUGAAAGCGGUUGCAGUUGAACUCCCAUUCCGAGAUGGAACCGACCUGUCAUUACUGGUCAUCAUGCCUCAGCAACUGCAUGGCAAUGCAACGCAAAUUGUACAGAAUUUAAAUCAAAGUUCGUUCGAGGAUUUACUCAGUGGCUUGCAGCCGACGAAAAUUGGAGUAAAACUUCCGAAACUCAGUUUCUCAAACACCGUUGAUGUAAACGCCGUUUUACGGAAUCUUGCCCUGAACGUACCAUUCGAGUGGAGUGUUUUUCAGGUGUUCAAAAACGAGAGACUAGUCCUGGACCAAGUCAAGCACGGGGUUUCGAUUGAAUUCGAUGAGAAGGGUGCUAGAACUGUUUUCGAUUUUUCGGGAACAAACACGCAAUCGGUGUUCUCAGCCAAUCGACCCUUCAUCUACGUCGUUAUUAAACGUUCAACGCAAUUCCCACUAUUUUUAGGUAACUUUGCGCGAUCUGCUGGAUCUGCUUCAUCCACGUUUUUCAAACAAGUAAACAAUUCUUAG